AUGGAGUCAGCCCUUCAGAGCGCCGUCGCUGAAUUUAUUGAGCGUCACCCGGGUUCUCAACGCCUGCAUCAGCAAGCACUGGAAAGCUUGCCUGGAGGCAACACCCGCACCCUGCUGCAUACGGCCCCAUUCCCCGUUUUCAUGCGCAAAGGGGAGGGAUGCAACCUAUGGGACGAGGAUGGGAAUAAAUACUAUGAUCUUGUCGGAGAACUAUCCGCUGGACUCUACGGGCAUUCGCAUCCAACUCUGCAGCGAGUCUUGACUGAAACUAUUCACAACAUUGGCUUCACUCUGGGAGCCACGAAUGUCUAUGAGCAGCGAUAUGCGUCAUUACUCUGUGAGCGGUUUGGGCUUGAGCGCCUGAGAUUUACCAACUCGGGGACGGAAGCAAACCUGCACUGUCUCGCCGCUGCUAGGAAAUUCACCGGAAAACGAAAGGUGAUUGUCUUCCGGGGUGCGUACCAUGGCAGCGUGCUUUCAUUUGGAGAGGGAAUUGCCGAAAACAAUGUUGACCAGGGCGAUUGGCUAUUGGUGCAAUACAAUGAUGCAAAUGGUGUCCGGGAGGCCUUCGCCCAACAUCGGGACAUUGCCGCCGUCAUUCUCGAAGGUAUUCAAGGCUCGGCUGGCUACAUAGCCGGCUCGAGGGAUUUUUUGAAAACGAUUCGUGAACAAAGCGAGAAGGCUGGGGCCCUCAUGAUUCUCGACGAGGUGAUGACAUCCCGGCUAGCCCCCGGUGGACUGAAGGGGACGCUUGAUAUCGAGCCUGAUCUCAUUACUCUGGGCAAAUAUCUCGGCGGAGGCCUGCCAUUUGGAGCUUUUGGUGGACGCCGCGAUAUCAUGGAUGUGUUCAACCCGCUUACGCCGGGAACUCUGACACAUUCUGGUACGUUUCAAAAUAAUACCUUGAUGCUACAUGCGGGCUAUGCAGGACUCUCUGAGGUGUACACACCCGAAGUUGUGCGAAAGUUCAAUCUCCAAGGCGAUGAGUUACGCCAACGCCUACAGAAGAUCUUUGCGAACUCAAAACUCUGUGUCACAGGUGUAGGGUCACUCAUGUGUAUCCAUGCUACCGAGACUGGAAUUCUCCCGGAAAACAUUGCUUGCAGAGACACCGUUGCAGCUAUUGAGGCGACUGACCUCAAAGAGCUCUUCUGGUUGGAGCUGGUGAAUGCUGGAUUCUGGGUACAGAUUCGUGGGUCAAUCACUUUGAACAUCGUCACCCCUGCUCAUGUUCUCGAUGCAUUUGUCGUGGCUGUUGAGGAUUUCUGCAAGAAGCAUGUAUCUUUGAUUACUGUUUAG